UAUGGAUUCAUAAAAAUAUACAUCUCCAUAUGCUAAAUUGUAAUCAAUUAUUUUUUAAUAUAGAUGGGAAUAGAAAGAUUGGAGAGAAGUACUUAUAUAGGAAAUCAAGACUAAUAAUCCAAAUGCCAAAAUCACAAAUAAAGCUAUAAUUGAAUAAUAUUUUAAAAGAUAUAUGAUGCUUUAACCUUCUGAUAAGUCUAAUCUUAUUGUCAAUCAUCCUGCAUUAUUAUAGGUAUAAUACUUAUUCUAAAAGGUUGACAAAGAAAAAAUUGAUAAAGUGACAAAUGAUACAAUGUUAAGUUUAGUUAAUGCUACUGCAGGUUGCACAGUUGCUUCAUUGUUAUUUUAUAAAUUACUAUUGAGCAAAAGAAGAAUCUUUUAUGAUUUUUAUAGAAAGGGUAGACUUUCAUUUGUGAAAAAACCAUUAUCAAUAUUUGUGUUAUUUACUACAUGGGGUGCUGGAUUAUCUUAUGGAUAUAAAUAAACAAUUCCAUUUGAAUUAUUCAAAUAAGGAAUGUACAAAAAAUAUCUAAUAGAGUAUGAUAAAGUAUAUUUAUGA